AUCGUGUCCAGCUCUGCACACAGCCAUUAACAUAUCCGCAUUGGCAUUGACACACUGACGCCCGUCUUCUCGCGUCCCAAUCUUUCCGCGUCCCCCGCCAGUCUACCCCGCCAGCUCGCAUAUCCCACGGAAGGCCCGGCAUCCAUUGACUUGCACCAUGGCCACAGAAGCAGGCGGCGAGGACCAGAAGACGUCCAUCACCCCCCUCCUCAAGCGCCUCUGGCACGAGUCUUCCUCGACCAAGCCCACCGCCGACGAGAUUGCUGCUGCUCUCGCCCUCAUCUUCACAAACAGUCUUUCCGAGGUCCAGACAGGUGCACUGCUGACAUGUCUCCACUUCACCGACCAGGACCGACAGGCCGACGUCCUGGCCAAAUGCUCAAAGGCCAUGCGGGACUUCUCAGCCGACAUUGAUCUUCCAGGCAUGCGGGAGCUCAUUGCUAAGCGUGGCCGGAAAGAGGGGGGCUACCAAGGAGGCUUGUGUGACAUUGUGGGCACCGGAGGUGACUCCCACAACACCUUCAACAUUAGCACCACCUCGUCCAUUUUGGCAUCGUCUCUCCUGAUGAUUGCAAAGCAUGGCAACAAAGCAUCCACGUCGCGCUCCGGUUCGGCAGAUCUCCUGACUUGUACUCCGCCAAAAGCUCCCGUCAUCACAGCCGUUGCGCCCAACACCAUCCACGAGAUCUACUCCAAGACCAACUACGCCUUUUUGUUCGCGCCCAUCUUCCAUCCUGGUGCCCGCCAUGCCGCUUCUAUCCGGAGACAGCUGGGCUGGCGAACCAUCUUCAACCUUCUUGGGCCAUUGGCCAAUCCCAUCCAUGACCUCAUCGAGGCCCGUGUAUUAGGUGUGGCUAGGAAAGAGAUUGGACCUGAUUUUGCCGAGGCGCUCAGACAAUCAGGAUGUAAGAAGGGCAUGGUCAUCUGCGGUGACGAAGAAUUGGACGAGUUGUCAUGCGCCGGGCCAACUCACUGCUGGCGCAUAGUCGAGGACCCGUCAGGCCAGGUCAAUAUCAACUACUUUACCCUUUCUCCCGCCGACUUUGGACUCCCUGAGCAUCCUCUGAGCGAAGUCAGCCCAGGACAAUCUCCAGAGAAGAAUGCCGAGAUUCUCAUGAAGAUUUUGGCUGGUGAGGUUCCCCCAGACGAUCCUAUUCUACAUUUCGUCUACAUCAACACGGCAGCCUUGUUCGUCAUCAGCGGUAUUUGUGACUCAGACACGAGCAACAUGGGACAUGGCGAUGAUGGCAACGUCAUCAAGGAGGUUGGACCUGGUGGCGGCCGCUGGAAAGAAGGUGUGCGGAGAGCAAAAUGGGCCAUUUCUAGUGGAGCUGCCUUCAGAGAGUGGAAAAGCUUUAUAGAGGUCACCAACAGCCUAGCAUAGACUUGAAAAAUCAGCCGCAUCGUGCUAUUGUCGUAUAUAAGUGGAUAGUUGUCAUUUAGGCUUUGCUUUGCUUGUUAGUCACGCUUACUUGCAUUCUUUAGUGUUUAUCUGUUUGAAAUAUAUUGUACCG